AUGAUUAUAAAUGUCGGUUCUCUUACUGCCCAUCCUGGACUUCGUGGUCAUACCACAAGCACCGAUACAUUGAGUGAUAUAGAUUUGUCACUCAGUGAUUUUAAAAUGAAUGCCUGCAAACUGAUAAUGGAUAAAUGUUCUGAGAUCAUUAGGGAUGACAAAGCUUGCUAUACCCCUGGGAAUUGUAAUGAUGCCUAUAAAAAAUUUAUCAUGCCUAUCACUCACUCAUUUUGUUCAUUUUCCAGUGAUCAGUGUGAUGAUCUUAGUUUUGACGAAGCUUUGGAUAAGCUUUACAGUGCCGGCGCAUUGACCUUUAAUAUGGAAGAUACCAAAAAUAUAGACGAAAAGAUUAAAGAGUUAAAUGAACUUAAACAUAAGGUUAAAAUGGUUUCUCUUAGUUCACAUGCUGAGGAAGCCAAAAAGGCCAGGGAAAAAUAUCUUCAAGAUCGAUCAGAAAGUCAUAAAAUUGAAUCCAAAACUAGUAAAGGUGCUGAAGAAACCGAGAAGAAGUUAGAUGAAGAGACUCCAACCGUUUAA